CACUGAAUAUACACAAACACAUACACACACACACACGCGCGCGCGCGUCCAAAACCUAAUGCAAAAAUUUAGAUGUCAGUAUCUGUUAUUUUCUUUUAUUAUCGGCCGCGUCAUUAUUUUUCUUCCAAAUAACCGUCAGUGAUUCACGUUACACCCAGACGCGCGCUCUGUGUUGUGGAAUGCUCGUGCAUCCUUACUGACACACCAAAAACACCUUUCUGGUGGUUAUGAAGUACGGGCGGAGGCUGUGCUGAUAGGUAGCCUUUCAGUGAGCAUUGCACCUUCAGUUUUUACAAGGUUCCAGUGUAACGGACAGACGGAUGAGAGAAUUUUUACAAGUGAAUAUGGCAUUUUCGUCAUUCCCACUGUCUACAGUCAUUACCCUGCUGCUUCUUGUGGCUUCCAUUCAGAGCAACUCCAUGUAUGAUGAUGAAGAGGAUCCUUUCCAGCCAGUAACCUCAGACGAGACAGUUGCUGAGGGAGGUACGGUGACUCUGACAUGCCGUGUGGCGGAGAGUGAUAAUUCCUCUCUCCAGUGGUCCAACACUGCACAACAGACACUCUACUUUGGAGCUAAAAGAGCCUUGAGAGAUCACCGUAUCCAGCUACAUAAGUCCACAUCCACAGAAUUGUCAAUUACCAUUUCCAAUGUGCAACUGUCAGAUGACGGAGAAUACACCUGCUCCAUAUUCACCAUGCCUGUACGGAUUGCUCGAGCCACUGUAACUGUACUAGGGGUUCCCGGGAAGCCAGUAAUAACAGGGUUUGAAGAUCCAGUGCAGGAAGGAGGGAGUGUGACACUUACCUGCACCAGCACUGGUAGCAAACCUCCUGCUCAGUUGUACUGGUAUAAAGGACAGGAAAAGCUGGAAGCUCGUCCCAAUGUGGUGGAGUCAAACCUCAAUGAACCUACAUACACAGUGACAAGUGUGCUCACGCUGCGGGUGACCAGAAGUGAUAACAAUGCCAUGAUCGGGUGUGCUGUGGACCAUCCAUCCAUCACAAAUGGAGAGAAAAGGACAGAACAGCCUUUGAGUGUGCUGUUCUCCCCAAGUGUCAUGAUUAAGCCUGAAAGCGACCUGCCUCGAGAGGGAGAGAGGUUUUUUCUGCAUUGCAUGGGGAAUGGAAAUCCUGAGCCCUUGUCCUUCAGGUGGCACAAAAAAGAUGCAGAGUUCCCUCCACAUGUAAGGGAAGAGGGUCCAUUCCUCCGCUUUGAUGCCCUCAAUAAAUCUGAUAAUGGAGUUUACUUGUGUCACACAGACAAUGGAGUUGGUUGGAAUGAGGGAUCCUACACCCUGCAGGUACAAGAAGAUGCUGAAGACCCCACAGCAAUGUCCAGUUCAUCAGGUGUUGAUCAUGCUGUGAUUGGUGGAGUGGUGGCUGUCAUUGUAUUCAUCAUGCUCUGCCUCCUCAUUGUACUUGGCAGAUACCUCAUCAGACACAAAGGUACGUAUCUGACCCAUGAAGCAAAGGGCUCAGAUGAUGCCCAGGAUGCCGACACUGCCAUCAUCAACGCAGAAGGUGGCCACUCUGGUAUUGAGGACAAGAAAGAAUACUUCAUCUAAAUGUCCCUCCAUCACACCAUAUUUACUUUCUUCCCUUGCUUCAGUUCCUUUCAGUCGGAGGAAAUUUAAAAAGGAUGAGCAAAAGCGUGAACAUAAAUGUGAAAGAAGAAAGCAGGCAAAGAUCAGUUUCAGGCUGUGUUGAAACCAGGGAGUUUUGCACUGACAUCAGUAUUCAACUGCGUGCACACACACACACAGACACACACACACACACACACACACGCAUAAACAUACAUGCAUACACACAAAUAGAUGGCAUGCCUGUCCUCAGUAACUUCAUAUGCCUCAAUAUUUAUAUUUAACAAGGGCAAUAUGAUGGCAGAAACAUGUAACUCAUUUGAAGACACAUAUACAAUUUAAUUAACACACAUUUUUAGCAGUCUUUACUUUUUGUUACAUUUCCCACACGUUCGACAUUUGUGCACACAUGCACACAUACACACAUACACACACACACACACACACACACACACACAAUCAGCAAUUACAGGAAAUGAUACAACCAUUCGUUAUCCUUACCUAAUACAGCAGACAAAAGGGAUAUCUGAAAACUGGCAAUACACACAAAACACAGACAGGCAGGCAGAUGAGCACCCACACACACACACACACACACACACACACACACACACACACACACACACACACACAUGUGAACACACAAACACACUCAAUGCAAUCAUGCAAAACAGCUUCUGUGCUGUCACUGUAUGGAACCCCAGAAUAAAUGUAUAGAUAUAUAUAUAGAUGAUUAUAUAGCAUUGUUUUUACUUGGGAAAACUGGUCCAGUGUGGUGUAAAUAUACUCUUUGUCAUGCUGUCUCUCUCUCUCUCUCUCUCUCUCUCUCUCUCUCUCUCUCUCUUUCCUCCUUCUUUUUGUUACCUCUUUUCACUUUCUCUCAUCUCUUUUCCUAACCUAUAUAUGUUUCUCUUAUUCUCUGUCUGCAUUUCAUUGUCUCUUAUUACAGUAUAUACUCUAAAAGUCUGCCUGGUUUUCUUACAUGCGUGAAAAUGCAUUGAGUAAAAAAAAUAUAAGAGGUAUGAAAAAAAUAUUACCACAAAAAUGUCAGUACUGCAAAUAUUGGUAUGAGUUUUUGUUUUCCUCCAAUUGAGUUUCUGGUGUAACUGUUGGUGGCGCAAUAUUCAGUGUCAGCUCUCAUCCCAGGACUUGUUAGUAUCUUCACAAUCAUUAUUAUUAUUAUUAUUAUUAUUAUUAUUAUUAUUAUUAUUAUUAUUAUUAUUAUAAAUACAUGAUGAAAUAAAUGCCAUUUUCCUUUUUAUCCCAGUAAUUGCAUCCCAUACCUAUUUUUGACCACUUCCUGUCCCUUGAUGACAGGUAAAUGAGCUAAAGCAGGGUACUGCAUGUUCGAUCGAGCAAACAAAAACAAGAAGAAGCUAGACUCUUCCGUCUAUUGUACUUUCUGUCUUUGUUUCUGACUAUUUUUUCUGUCUUUCUUUGUUUCACUAUACAGUGUUCUAACCUGGUUUCCUGGCUGUGUCUGUGAAGGUCUAUUCUGGUUCUCCUAAAUAACUAUCCAUAGUCUGUCUCAAUGUAGAUAAACUAGAUUUGAUCACUCCGGGAUUACUUUGCAGCUAGCUUCAUUAAGGCUAGAAAUGUUGUAGUUUAUUGUAUGAAAAUAGCAAGCUAAGAUAUCAACUAAAUUGAUAACUUCUGCUGUGCAUCUCGUGCAUGAUUAUUGUACAUGGUGUGAGAAGAAUGGACUAAGAAUGUCUCAUUUGAAAUGGAUCUGAAACCCAGUGUGUUCUUCAGGUGAGGUUUAAAUUUAGUUGUGAAGUGGAUGACUUAGAAUGUAAGUUGCAUGAUGGACAGAACCGAUCUUUUCCAGCUUCCUCUGAAAAGAGCUCAUUCUCUAAAGAGCUGAUCCAUUACAAAAUAAAAAAAAGAUUUGCCUAAAGUUUCUAUAGGCUUCACAGACCAGUGUUGUCAGAGAUCAGUUUUUAAGGGCAGUAACUCUUUGGAGAUUUGUGUGUAAUACACUUUUAACACAUCACAUGCAACUCUGAUGGCCUUAUAAUUAGCUGAUGAGUUUAAUAAAGUGUGUUAAAAUUGUUAGAAUUUCUCCAGGACUUUAGACUGACAACAUGAUGCUAUACACCCAACGUUUCCCAAACUGGUGCUCAGGGACUUAAAGUAUUCAGUAUUCUGUAUGGGUUGGCUCAAGUAUGUUAGGAGCUGGAAGAAAGCAAAUAAUAUGUAACUGUGUUUGGACCUGGGGUUUGGGAAACAUUGCUCUAGAUUAUAGCCCUUAUCCUAGACCUCAUGUUUGCAAUCUUUCACCACUAGAUGGUGCAUUAUGUAAGACAUCCACCUAGUCAUCUUUCCCCUUUCUCUCUCUGGUACAGGUAGCAGAAUAUGUGAUGCACCUUAUGUUAAUGGUGGAUCAGUGCAACGGUUUAUUUCUAAAUUAUGUUUAUCCCUUUUAUUUUUUGUAGCUCUGUAUACUAUUAAGUGUAGAAUGUUAUGUUUUACUUUUUUAUUGUAUGACUAGAUGUUAUAGAUGUUAUAGGCAUCUAUAUUAAGGUGUAGAAGAGUAUAGUUUCUGUGACUAUUGUUUUCAAAAUCAGCCAUUUUGUAUAAUUUCAUGUAAAUAGUGUUGCCUUGAACAGUCUUCUCCUUACUACAGUUGUUGAGUGCACGCUCAUGCACAAUGACCCACAUAAAGGGUUAAAGAAGUGUGUGUCUGCACUUUCCUAUGUAAGAUGUUCACAACAGUGUCAUCUCCAACAGGCAAAGAAAACAAAAUGUGUUGUUUUCCACAAAGCAUUGUUAAUUUGAUUGUCUAUGUUAGCGCUGUUUUGGAAUGAGAAGUCUUCCUUUUCAAUAAAUAUUCAUAUGUCAUGAAGAUUUCC